AUGUCGACACUUUUUGUUUUAUUACUUGUAAUUGUUGGAAUAUCAAAAAUAAACGCUAGCUCUUGCACUUGUUGUUUUCCUGGCCAACAGCCUAUAUGCCAAACGCCUGCAAUCAAUCUUCCAUCUUGUGAUGAUUGCACAAGUUAUUUCUGUGCACAACAUGUAAAAGGAUGUCAAGGUAGAUAUGUUUGUGACGUUACAUGUAAAUCGGAUUCGAGUACAACGAGUACAAAACCUAAAAGCUCAUCAACACAGACAUCAAUCACUACUACAUCCAAUAAUGCUUUUACUGUUCGGGUUGGAUUAAUUAUGAUUAUGAUUAGUUUGACACCAUCAAUCUUUACCAACUGA